AUGGAGUCAGGAAGCCUGGGGUGGCGGGUGGCGGGGCAGCCCCGGCUCCUUGCAGAGCCGGGCCACGGAAACGGGGCUUUACUGGGGACAGAACACAGUACUCGCCGCCGAGCCCCGAGCCCCGCGGGGAGGCCCGCGCAGCAUCAAGGGGGUGGGCGGGGGGGGGGGGGAGGCUACAAGAGGCGGUGGGUGCGGGCACCCACGCUCGGUGUUGAGUGCCCAACGCCAGCACGUGGGGCUCAGGGGGACUUCGGGUGGGAGACCUUCCUUCCCUGGGGUCCUGAGGGGCCUGGGGAUGAGAGAGCGGGGUCCCCCGUGGGCCCGUGGAGGUGGUUGCUCAGAAGGAAACAGGUUUCGAGUCUCCGCCCUGGAGCCGGCAGCUGGAGUGUGGAGGGGGACCGGCCUGGGGCCCAGCCAGGGCCACAGCCCCACCCGGGCACCGGGAAGCCGCGGGCAGGGAGAGGCGAGCCCAGGCCCCAGGGUGCAAAUGGGCGGGCUUCCUGCCUUGAGAGGACGGAGGCCCCCUACCCCAAUUCCUGCCUGGGGGAGAAGCUGAAGAGGCUUCAGUUGGGGGGUUUGGAGGCCUGA